UAUGAUAUUCCAGUUCGCACUUGUUUCUGUUUUCAAAUUUGAGAUUUGGUUACUGUACACUGUUACAAGAUGUUUUUUGCAUCCUUGUGCACGGUGUGAAAUCAUAAACAAUCGCAAAACGAUGCCUGCAACGGCACCACAUCUCUCUGUUCAGGUUUUGUUAAGUUACCGUAACCAAUCUGGUGAUUCUGAGAUUCUGUGUUAAUUGCUCGUUGUAGGCUUGUUGCGAAAGGUACCGUCAAGUACGUAUUCAGUUAAAAUAUUUUGUAGUUCGUGGAAAUUGCAUUAUCUUGUAACUUGUGACUUCUUGUCCGCUGGAAUCUGCAACCGUAUAGACUGGAAGCCGCGCGAAUAGAAGAAGUUCUUAUUGCGAUGUGUUGAGUGAAACUCUUACUUGCGGUGGUCAGGUCGGCGGCUCGUGAUAAUUUUAUUCAUUCGAUAAAUACUUAUUAUCAUGGAAGAAGCUUUUGCGCUGGCUGCUGAGAUGCUCCCGGCCUCCUCCUAUUUCCUUUCCGGAAUACCGGGAGCGAUGUAUUACGCGUACUACUACAAAAACUACUGCGGCCAGAUUCCUGAAAUGUAUGGUGGAGAAGGCCCGUUCUUAGAGCUACUCCAGAAAAACUGUCCAAUUUUCAAGGAGGAAUACCGACCUCCACCGCUCGUUCAUGAGUCGCGGCUGAUGACCAUCGUGGCUGCCGUGGGUCGGCAUCGUGGGCUGCAAUAUCCUUUUGCAAGGGAGCUUUUCCGCAAUGAGGAAAUCGGUGAGAUCGCAUUGGAUUGGUGGGAUAGUCGGAUGCGGCCAGAGCCGAUCACCGCGGUGCCCGGUGUUCCUUCAUCCACCUUAGUGGACUCGUUGAGCUACUAUUACCAUAACCUCAGUCUGCCGCAUCUGCGACUGCCCCAAAUACCAAUACCUCAUAUGCCGCAGAUGCGGAUUCCUCAAAUACAGAUUCCUUAUUUUGGACCCUUGAAACGCUCCGCAUCGGCUACGGGUAAUGAAUUCACCCAUUUAGAAGAGUCCAUUGAAGGUCGGGAUGAAUUGGAUCCGCAGGAUGCGGUCGAGUGCGCCUCAUCGCCGGAUACGGAUCUCGCCCGUCGCGACAAUAUCGACGAAGGCAUUGAUUCCGGGAGUAGCCCCCGCGAUGGGCGUUCGCCUGAGCCCCCGAUGCGGGAUGCGCAUUUUUCCUUGUCGGAUAUGUCGGAUACGGAUGAAGCCAUGGGCCCGACUGCUUAUUCUGCCUCCCCGCCACAGAGUGAAAGCGCCUUGAAGGAAGAAGAUGAAACCAAUAUGGAAAUUGAUGACGGUGAUGGUGUCUUUCUUUCCGAUCUACUUCCUGCGUCUAUGACGGUCGGCAGUCAUUUGAAUGUCGACGGAAGCGACGUGACGAUUCCCGAACCUAAGGGCAUCGUCCUGAUUCUUCCUGGCUUAACCGGCGAUAGCUCACGGAAUUAUGUGCAGGGAUUGGUGCAAGUGGUGGAACAAAUUGGCUACACGGCCGUGGUGAUGAAUUAUCGCGGAGCUACAGGGAAUUUGAAAGCCUGUUUUAUGGCGGAAGUGUCAGAUGUUGCGCAAGUAAUUCGCCAUAUAAAACAACGAUAUGCCGAUGUGCCGCUCGUUGCUGUGGGUGUUUCACUUGGAGGUAUUUUGCUUACCAAUUAUGUGGCGCGAUGUGGCAUCAACAACGAAGAUUCGUUGCUCCUGGGUGUUAUGACGGUAUCGGUAGCGUGGAAUUUUUUCGAAUCGGCCAAAGAACUAGAGCAGCCGUUGAACUACCUCCUCUUCAACAGAAUGUUAACAAGAACCCUAACAGAUGCGAUGGAAAAGCACGCGGAAGUGCUACAGAAUGCCUACAAUCUGGAAGGCAUAAAGGACAUUAAAUCGCUAAGGGAAUUUGACGAGCGAUUUGCCGCAAAAAUGUUUGGUUAUUCCAAUCAUGAAGAAUACUAUAAGCACACCACGCUCCAUGACAAAGUUUGCCAUAUCAAAACGCCAUUAUUGGCAAUCAAUGCGGGCGAUGACAUGUUUUCGCCAUACGAUGCUAUUCCCAAAGAUGAUGCUAAGAAAAACCCGAACGUGUGUAUAGUCGUAACCUCACACGGUGGCCACAUCGGUUUCAUGGAGGGACGAAAUCCCUUUGGAACGAAUUAUGUGGAAAGAGUCUUUCAGCAAUAUGCCAAAGCGCUGUUUGAUAAUCACGAUAAAGUCAUUGCUUCCCCGAUUCCCGAUGAGCCUCCCGUGCCGAUGACCAUGCCGGUUGCAGAGGACAAAGAAGCGAUGCCGGCCGCAGUGGCCGGACUGGAUAUUGCAGCUGAUCUUCUUCCAACAGAGCAGUGAUUUGCGAGAAGUCUUCCUCGCUGACUUUCUCAUCCGUAUCUUGAAUGAACAGAUUGCUAAUACGCUGUCGUUGCUUACCGGCUAACAGUCAAAUGUCUUUUGAGUUGCAUUUUUGAUGCUUUUAGCUUUCGUUUGGAUUUUUACUUUCGGUACUCGUAUGGUAUAUCGACAGUACCUGCGCUGCGCUUCUUUUGCAACUGGUGAUAUUUACCGGUAAUUUUAAAUUACAUAAUUAUUCCAGUCUGUUAAUCGCUUCGUGUUCUUGUUUUUUUUGUGGUUGUUGAAACACCAUCCGGCGGAAACUGUUGCAUUUUUAUUUGUUCCUAGAUUAUGAAUGAUGAUGUAUUUGAUUGGAUCGUAAGAAAAUGGAUCUCAUUAUAAAGCUGACUUUGACUGAAAAA